CUUUCUCCACAAAAGUUUAAAAGUAAAAACUCAACCUGAAUCCAAUUGACCCCCCUUCCAAACCAAACCUAUCCUCUUCUUCCAUUCUCCGUUUCCACAAAACAAAAUCUUCACCCUCUCCCAUGGAUUCAAUCACCUCAACUCUCCACCAUCUCCUCAGCCAUCCCACCAUCCUCCACUUCACUUGGUCCCCACCUCUCACGUUCGCCUCCUCUCCCCAUUUCCUCUUCCUCACUCUCCUCACUUACCUUUCCCUCACCUUCCUCCUCUCCCGUUACUUCCCUCUCUUCUCCCUCCCUCCCCACUUCCUCAAACCCAUCUCCGCCCUCCACAGCCUCCUCCUCCUCCUCCUCUCCCUCAUCCUCGCCCUCGGUUGCUCUCUCUCUAUCCUCCUCCAGACCCCCAAUCUCCGACACGCCCUCUGCUUCCCUCCCCGUACGCCACCCUCCGGCCCCCUCUUCUUCUGGGCCUACCUCUUCUACCUCUCUAAAAUUCUCGAAUUUUUUGAUACCUUUCUGAUCAUUUUAAGUAACUCCAUCCGACGGCUCACUUUCCUUCACGUGUACCAUCAUGCAACGGUUGUGAUCAUGUGUUAUUUGUGGUUAAAUACUUCGCAGUCUUUAUUUCCCAUUGCUCUUGUUACUAAUGCGAGUGUGCAUGUGAUAAUGUACUUGUACUAUCUAUUGUGCGCCAUGGGGAUGCGGCCCACGUGGAAGAGAUUGGUGACGGAUUGCCAGAUUGUUCAGUUUGUGUUUAGUUUUUGUGUCUCGGUUUUUAUGCUAUGGUAUCAUUUUACGGGAUUAGGGUGCUCCGGGAUCUGGGGUUGGUGCUUCAAUGCUGUUUUCAACUUUACCCUUUUGGCUCUUUUUGUUGACUUUCAUGGGAAGAAUUAUCACAAGAAAAGGAGGGUUGAGGAAGAUGAUAAACGGUUGUGAUUUUUAUUGAAAUUUUGUGGUUUGUUUCUUGUUUAUGGACGGUUGUGAUUGAUUGCAUUGUGUUGAUGUCGAUUUAAGUUGAUUCAACAGCUAUAAUUUCUCUGUUAUAUAUUAUUUUUGGAAGAACAUUAUCAAUGUGC